AUGGUAAGAAAAACAGUUUGGUCCGUAGAGAGUGAGUUGGUGUUUUUGAAGAUUCGUAUUCUGGUGGCCACUGAUUUGCAUGUUGGUUAUGGAGAGAGGAUUCUGGAGCGUGACCUUGAUUCGAUUCGUGCCUUGGAAGAGGUCCUUCAGAUUGCUAUCAAACAAAACGUUGAUUUCAUUCUUUUAGGAGGUGAUUUAUAUCACGAAAACAAUCCAUCGCGCGAAAUGCAACAUCGAGUUACUCGUCUUCUACGAAGGUAUUGUCUCAACGAACGACCGGUCGCCUUGCAGUUCCUUAGCGAUCCGUCGGCGAAUUUCAUGCAUAGUGCAUUCAAUAACGUUAAUUAUGAGGAUUGCAACAUUAACGUCGGUCUUCCUAUAUUUACCAUUCAUGGAAACCAUGAUGAUCUCAGUGGAAAAGGUUUGAGUGCCCUGGAUCUCCUACACGAAGCGGGUCUUAUCAAUUUAUUUGGUAAAUUCGAAGAAAUCGAUAAAUUCGUUGUUUCACCGGUAUUGUUGAGAAAGGGUAAGACGAAUUUGGCCAUUUACGGUAUUGGCAGUCAACGUGAUGACCGUUUGUGCCGGGCCUUCAGAGAAGGAGAAAUCCGGUUCCUGCGACCACUCGAGGAUCCGGAUUCGUGGUUCGAAAUUUUGGUGCUUCAUCAGAAUCGACCCCGGCGAUCGAAAGAUCGAAGCACUGGAGCACAUCUGCCAGAGAAUUUGAUUCCAUCGUUUUUCGAUCUAGUCGUUUGGGGACAUGAACAUGAAUGUAAGAUAGGCGAAACCACAGUAUUACGAAAGUUCAGCGGAUACAUUUGGGGACGUAUUUUGUUCAACUCGGCUUGUGCUGAUAAAUUUUCGAGUUUCUAUAUAAUGCAACCGGGCAGUACAAUCGCCACGUCGCUAUCACCCGAAGAGGCAAUUCCAAAGCAUUGUGCCAUCGUCACUGUGUAUGAGCGAAAGUUCUUCUCGACUCCAAUCCGUCUCGAGACUCCUCGCCAGAUUCUCUUCGAUGACUUAGCGAUCACUGAACCUCCGCCACCAGCUGCGACCAAAACGUCACGUACCCGUAAUAUGCCCGAUGAAAAAUUGAUAGCCGCAAAACUGAAUGAAAUGUUGGCUGAAGGGUGUCGCACUCGACUGGAGCGACAACCAAAGCUACCGCUCGUGCGAUUGAGAGUGACCUAUUCAGAACCGUGGCUUAACGUUAUGAAGUUGAACUGUCGUCGUUUCGGUCUUGCCUACACAUCGGCUGUCGCUAAUCCAGGCGAUAUGGUGACCAUAAAAAUUCUGAAGCCGAGAAACGAACGGCGAAAAACGUUUGCUGACGAGAAGCUGUUUGCGAGCGUGGAACGUGCGGGUACUUUGGAGGAUUUGGUGAAUUCUCGUUUCACCGGUCCAGGUGCACGAGCACUGACCGUAUUGACGGCAAAAAUGCUCAAGAAUGUGGUGAAGGCCCACGCUGAAGGUGACGAGGCAGGAGUUCGUGGUAGAGCACGUACGUCAAAGCCACUCAUCGAGAAUAUUCGACUGCAAAAAGAGAAACUUAUCUCACAGCUAUGCAAAAUCAACUAUGAUUUCCCCGAUCAAUUGGAUGCCCAGAAGAAGAAAGAAGAGCUGGAAGAGUUGGUCGAGAAGGACAUUAUGAAGGCUCAAGAGGUGAGGAUCAGACAUGCGGUCAGAGAACGGAUCGCAGAUGAGAAUAUGCUUGAGGAUGACGAUGAUAUGGAACAUCAAAUGGUAGAGCAUAGAAAGAUGAAGAAGGAUGUGAAGUCGAAUAUUCACAUAGACCUGCAAGAGCAGGUGGAUGCUCUGAGUGCGAAUCGAGACAAUACAAAACUGGUGGCUGCUGGCAGUAAAGGACUGAUGAAGAUUUUCUCCACCGAAAACGCCACUCUGAAAUUGAUAGCUGAUAUGCGAUCGGUACGAACGAGGAAGUUGAAUCUGAUGUAUUCAGCGAGUCAUGUCGCUUGGAGCCCUGUUGUUGAUAAUAUUAUCGCAACGACAUCGACAAAUGGAGCCGUUGUUUUGUGGGAUGUUGAAAAAGCAGCGAUCGAGCAAAUUUAUAAAGCGCACAAUCGCUCGGCCACAAAAGUCUGCUUUCAUCGAACAGAUCGCAAUACGUUCAUCAGUGGUGCUAAGGAUGCUGUGGUUGCCCAGUACGAUCUUCGUAGUGCAAACUACGUUCAGAAAUUUAUAAGUGGAUCAUUCGAUCCGAUACGUGAUAUUCAGUUUGGUUUACAUUCGGAACAAAUGGAUAUUUUUGUGUCAGCCGAUGACGGAGGAUCCAUAAGGUUUUGGGAUUUACGGCGAAACGAUCGACCACUAAGGCAGUUCGUUGCACAUCAUGGCCCGGCAAGUAUCGCACUGAAUCCGAGUUACGAUGAUCGCAAUCUGAUCGCAACGGCCGGUCGAGAUAAAUUCAUUCGAAUAUGGAAGUGGUCGGAUUGGUCAGAAUCGGGUAUAAAUUCAGAAAUCUACUCAGUUGAAUCAACUACGCCAGUGGCUCGUGUUCAGUGGAGACCACAACAUAAAUAUCAGGUGGCCAGCUGUGCGGUUGUGAAUGAUAUAAAUAUUUAUGUGUGGGAUAUACGAAGACCAUUUUUGCCAUUCGCAAGUUUCGAUGAUCAUCGUGAUAUGUGUUGUGAUAUGAUCUGGAAUCCAGAGCUGGACGAUUGCUUUGUUAGUGCUGCUAAAGAUGGCCUGGUUGUGAUGCAUUACUUCAAUAAUGCUCAAUAUCCACUCACAUACGUCAACGAUAUCGCGUUGGAUGUGUCACCAAACGGCGAAAUUGUUAUCGCCUUAAGCGAUCAACUGAAGUUGAAAAAUGAGUCACUGGCAGAUAGAGAUAAAUUGGAUAAAGGUGAGGCAAUAGCACCGAGACGCCGCAGAUAUGAUCCGUUCCAGUCGUGGACACACAGUUCGUUGAUACGAUGUGUUCCGAGGGAAGCGCAGAAGUCUCUUUCGCAGGCGAAUUUCGUUUAUUUAGCCCUGAAUUAUAAAUUGAGUGGAUCCGAACUGGAGACGUUAUGUGAAUAUAACAGUGAAGUGGCAGAAAGAAUCGGCAACUGUGAGCUGGCACACACCUGGCGGAUGUUGUCGUUGUUGUGUUCUCUGUCACCGUUCUUUGAAGAGCACUCCUCGAAACGCAAUUCGUCGUCUAGUGGUGAACAACGUCGAAAUACUCACCAUUUUCAUAAUUCAGCUGAGGAGAAUGAAGAAGAUGAGUUGAUUGGAUCGCGUUUCUCGUCGAAUCGCUCGUCGAUGGGCGCUGCAUAUCGCACGGCAGAGGGUAGCGAUGAGCAGUUGAUGACGGGGAAUGGAGGCGGCGGUCUUUUUGGUGCACAGAUACCGUCAACCUUAUCCGAAACAGCAGAUUUCUAUUUUGGUGAUGCUGAAUUGAAUCUGGCAGGACUGGUCUCUGACCCACUUGAUACGGACAUUUUUUGUUCGCCGCUGUUGAGAACGGAGGCAUUCUUACCACGUCCGUGCGAAGAAUUAGAACAGAUGGAAGAGAGACGGUCGAUGAGCAGUGACGAGAUCAGUUCGACGUGUACGACGACGUCGAAUACGGCGGAGGAGAGUGAGGAGAGCGCAGAGCAAUACUGCUCACAAAUGGGAAAAUUAUCCUUUCGUAAUGAGGCGGUCUGUCUACCGCCUUGGGAUCCUCUUCCAAUAAUUCAAUCGAUGUUCAUGCAAUAUUCUGAAGUUGGCGAUGUGCAGACGUGCGUUUCAAUUCUGUUGGUGCUCGGUGAGCGUGCUGCCGAUUUGAUCGAUGCAUCUCUUCAGAAGUUGUGGUUUCUCGAUUAUCUCGAAAUGUUGGACCGAUAUGAACUAUGCAAUACAUCUGCGGAAGUGAUAAAACUCUGUUGGAUUCCAUCGAUUAGUAAUUUGAGUAAUGAGGGUACUUUCUUACGACUGGUUUGUCAGCAUUGUAAGGCCGUCUCAGCGAGCGUAUCACCGUUUUGCAAGAAAUGUCAUCGAAAAUUCAAUUUCACUUGCGCAAUUUGUGCGAUGCCCGUUCGUGGCGUAUGGGGUUGGUGUCGAGUGUGCCGUCACGGCGGUCAUCCGGAGCACUUGGCCGAAUGGUUCGCAUCGGACAAUCGAUGCCCGACCGGAUGUGGUCAUUUGUGCACACCUGGUACAAGCUGUUGA